AUACAAAUCAUUGUAUGUAGACAUUUAUUACUUGGUUAGCUAACAAGUAAGUCAGUCAUAGCAAACAAUUUUUAGCAACACAAAACAACCAACAAUGUCACAACCAAACCCCUGCUUCAGUAUCAAUACAGCGCUGGAAACAUCUAGAUUAAUCUUGGACAUCAUUAUGCCACCAGUGGGCGUGUAUUUAAAAACGGGCUGUGGCAAGGAUCUGGCCAUUAACAUUGUACUGACCAUGUGCGGAGUCAUACCUGGAAUAGUACACGCGUUGUAUUUAAACUAUACCAAAUAAUAAUCUCUGUUAACGAGUUUAAUCAAUU